AUGUCAGGCGACUCGGCGGUUACGGCCAUGGAGACGACGGAGACGAGUCACAAUUCCAUUAAGGUUGACUCCAAGGACACCGAGUCAUCAGAUAUGGAAAUCCAGAUUCUGGCAGCUAUGCGAUCCCGCGCAACCUACCUCAGAAAUAAAGCAGACACCUUCACUUUCGAGAGUGUUCGGAGGUUGUUGGAGGAAGAUAUGAAAUUGGAGAAAUAUGCUUUGGAUGUUCAUAAAAGCUUUGUCAAAGAGCAUUUGGUCAAGAGAGCACUUAAGAAAAGAGCUUCUUAUAUUAGAGCUAACUCAGAGGAAAUUACAAUGGCUUCACUUCGUCGACUUUUGGAGCAAGAUCUUGAGUUAGAGAAGAAAUCUCUUGAUUCCUUCAAGGAGUUCAUUAACAAAGAAUUAGAUGAAGUACUACAAACUCCUGAUGCUCCAAAACCAAAACCAUCGACUAAGCCUACUAAGAAAAAGGUCAAGACCACACCACCUAAGACGCUAGGCAGCGAAGAAAAUUCUGAUUCAGAUACUGAGGACGGAGAGGAGGACGAAGAGGAGAACGAAGAGGAAGUGGCUGUGAAGAAGACUGUGGCGCAGAAAAGAAAACUUUCAAAAUCAGAGAUGAAUGUCAAACUGGUAUCUGCGAAAAAGAAAGCAAAACAUACAGAAACAGAUUCAGAGAAUGACAGUGAUGCAGGAGAUAGUGAAAUGAAGGCGGAGAAACCUUUGAAGACAAAGGAGACUGCAACUACUGUGUACGGAAAGCGUGUUGAGCAUCUCAAAUCAGUCAUCAAGUCUUGUGGGAUGAGUGUUCCUCCUGUCAUUUACAGGAAAGUCAAACAGGCUCCUGAAGAGAAACGCGAGGCUACUUUAAUUGAAGAACUUAAGCAGAUACUUGCCAAAGAAGGGCUCUCUGCAGAUCCUUCAGAGAAAGAGAUCAAAGAAGUAAAGAAAAGGAAGAAUAUAUCAAAAGAGCUUGAGGGUAUCGAUACAAGCAACAUUGUAUCGAGUUCAAGGAGAAGAUCCACCACAAGUUUUGCGCCUCCUCCUAAGCCGAAAAUAACAAGCGAGAGCGAGAGUGAGAGUGACGAACCAGAAGAGUCUGAGAAUGGAGAUGGUAACGAAGAAGAAGAAGAAGAAGAAGAAGCUGAGGGAGGUAAUGAGGAAGCUGAAGAAGGAAGCCAAAGCGAAGAAGAAUCAAACAACGAGGAUGAUGGUGGAGAGGAAAGCGACUGA